CUGCUGGCCUUCCAGGCCUGAAAGAGAGUCAGUUAGGCCCUGCUCUGUCACAUGCACCUAAGUCACGCUGAAUAAGGGACUUGCAGAACCAGACCUUUGGUAGGGGAAGGGCAGAAGAGGUGAGGGGGAAUGAAUGGGCUGCCUGAGAGAGAGAGACUUCUGUCUUUAAGGAAGGCCCCACCCCAUCAGGAUCCAGGGAGCAGAUGGAGUGGGCCCGUGGCCAGUAGCCGGAGAGGCAGCAGCUGCGAGGCCAGGGAGACCCCAGGACCCCAGCAGCUGCCGCCGGUGGGAAAGACGACCCGGACCCCAAGCAAGAUGGCGUUUAAUGAUUGCUUUAGUUUGAGCUAUCCUGGUAACCCCCAGCCAGGGGACUUGAUUGAAGUGUUUCGUUCUGGCUAUCAGCACUGGGCACUGUACCUGGGUGAUGGUUAUGUUAUCAACAUAGCACCUCUAGAUUACCCAGUAUGUGCCAAAGGCUAUUCUAGAUGCUGGGGAUACAUAAACAGCAAAAUCCCAACAAACAUAUGGGUAAAGAACUAUGAACAGUAUGUAGAAGAAGAAAAGAAGUCAAUACCCAUCUUUAAAGGGACUGAUCUAGGAACUGUACAACAGAAUAACACAUUUUAUGCCUAUCACAUUAGCAAACAUUUAAAAGUGAUAACAGUCAGUGUUGAUAAGGGUAUAAUGAAACCAAAGCAAGGAUAUUGUUGAAGGAAAUGAAAGUUGAUAACAUCAUUCAUGAAAACAAUUUAAUAUGGCACAAAAACAGACACAUAGACCAAUGGAACAGAAUAGAAACCCCAGAACUAGACCCACAAACGUAUGGCCAACUAAUCUUUGACAAAGCAGGAAAGAAUAUCCAAUGGAAGACAGUCUCUUUAACAAAUGGUGCUGGGAGAACUGGACAGCAACAUGCAGAAGAUUGAAACUGGACCACUUUCUCACACCAUUCACAAAAAUAAACUCAAAAUGGAUAAAGGACCUGAAUGUGAGGCAGGAAACCAUCAAAACCCUAGAGGAGAAAGCAGGAAAAGACCUCUCUGACCUCAGCCAUAGCAAUUUCUUACUUGACACAUCCCCAAAGGCAAGGGAAUUAAAAGCAAAAAUGAACUACUGGGACCUUAUGGAGAUAAAAAGCUUCUGCACAGCAAAGGAAACAACCAACAAAACUAAAAGGCAACCAAUGGAAUGGGAAAAGAUAUUUGCAAAUGACAUAUCAGACAAAGGGCUAGUAUCCAAAAUCUAUAAAGAGCUCACCAAACUCCACACCUGAAAAACAAAUAACCCAGUGAAGAAAUGGGCAGAAAACAUGAAUAGACACUUCUCUAAAGAAGACAUCCGGAUGGCCAACAGGCACAUGAAAAGAUGCUCAACGUCGCUCCUCAUCAGGGAAAUACAAAUCAAAACCACACUCAGAUAUCACCUCACGCCAGUCAGAGUGGCCAAAAUGAACAAAUCAGGAGACUAUAGAUGCUGGAGAGGAUGUGGAGAAACGGGAACCCUCUUCCACUGUUGGUGGGAAUGCAAAUUGGUGCAGCCGCUCUGGAAAGCAGUGUGGAGGUUCCUCAGAAAAUUAAAAAUAGACCUACCCUAUGACCCAGGAGUAGCACUGCUAGGAAUUUACCCAAGGGAUACAGGAGUACUGAUGCAUAGGGGCACUUGUACCCCAAUGUUUCUAGCAGCACUCUCAACAAUAGCCAAAUUAUGGAA